AGCUGGGCCUUCGGGCCUUUUCUCCUGACGACAGAAGGGCCUUCUUGGCAAGGUCUGUCCGGAGGGGCUUCCUUUGCUUUCCCGAGGCCAGGAGAGGGCCACUCCGGUCUGCUGGAGAGAGAGGGCAGGGGAGGCAGAGGCAGAGGCAGCGCACGGAGGCCGCUCUCGGGGCGCAGGGGCUGCUUGGCGUUGGCCCCGGCUGCCAGCCGGCUUCGCGUUGACGACGACGGAGAGCCAUCUGCCCAAAGCGGAGAAGGCGCUCUCCGCCGCUUCUGCUUCCAGACCCAAACCGAGCGGCGCCAGGCCCAGUCUCCCUCCCCUUCCCUCGGCCCACCCUGGGAAGAGCAGCCCGAAGGGGCCCCGCGCCUGCCUCCCUGCUUCCGCCUGAGUGACUCACUUCCUGUUCCUCUCCCCAGAGGCCUCCGCCUCCUCCUCGGCUGCAGCCCGAGUGACUCACUCUGGCCCCCGGCCGAGGCCCUCUCAGCCCCGCCCCCGCUUCCUGUCCCUGGCGCCGGAAGUGGAGGAGGAGGAGGAGGCCCCGCCCCCGGCCCUCUUAAGCGGCGCCUCCUCGGCCUUUCACUCGGUCGGAACCUCCUCUGGGCCAAGGAAGGAAGGAAGGCGGCCCAGGGCCCCGGAUGCCCAGGAGGGACCCCAGGAGGCCAGAGCAGCCGAGACAGCCGCCCUCUUCCAGGGCCGCAAGGGCCCAUGUCCUCCUCCGCGGGCAUCGCCACUGCGCCAGGCGCCCGGCUCCCGCCCGAGGACGCCCUGGAGCCCUCUUGGGGCGGCGGCGGAGGCGGCGGAGGCCCCAGCCUGGGCCCCAACCCCUUCUUCAGCGCCGCCUGCCGCCGGAGCCCAUCGGCAGGGCCCCAGCAGGGCCGCCCCCGGGAUCCCGGCUCCGUCUCAGGCCCUGAUCCAGGGGAAAGGCCUGCGGAGGAUGCCUGGGCCCUUCCUGCCUGCCCCCAUCUGCUGAGGCCCCCAGACCAAGAGCCUGCUUCUGACCGGAGGAUGGAGCCUCUUGCUGCCGCUGCUGCUGCCAUCCUGCUGGGCUUCAGCCAACUCUCUGCUUCCGAUGAGACGCAUCCGCAUGCGCCCCCCCUCAAAGGUGGCCCCCUCCCAGCCGCAUCCCCCAGCGAACGCAGCAUCCGCCCGCUGCCCCCGCUGCCUCCAGCCGAGGAGGAAGAGGAUCAGGAUCGCCUGGCACACCGCAAUCAGGAGGAGGAGGAGGAGGAGGCUGACCGGGAGGUGGAGUUCCUGACCAGUUCGGACACCGACCGCCUCCUGGGAAACAGCAGCCCCUCCACCUUCGCGGCUUCUGCGCAGGGACAGCACGGCUUCCGGGGCUGCGGCCAGGUCAACUAUGCCUACUUCGAGGCCACCGCAGAUGAGAUGUCUCCUGGGGACUCUGCCAAGGCUGGCCCCAGCCUUCCCUCGGCGCCCCCUCCGCCGCCACCCCAUCGGCUGCACCGGCGCUUACGCCGCUCGCACUCGGGACCCGCUGGCUCCUUCCACAAACCGAACAUAGUCGUGCGGGUGUCAAACCAGUUCCGCCAGGUGUCCCCCACUUCAGAUGACGAUGCCAAACCGGAGGUGCCCCCCCGGGCCCCGAUCCCGGCCCGGGCACUGAAGCCAGACUACCGGCGCUGGUCGGCUGAGGUAGCUUCGGGGGCCUACAGCGACGAGGACAAGCCCCCCAAGGUGCCGCCCCGGGAGCCUCUGUUUCGGGGGGACUCCCGGACGCCCAGCCCAAAGAGCCUGCCCUCCUACCUUCAUGGAGUGAUGCCCCCCACCCAAAGCUUUGCCCCAGACCCCAAGUACGUCAGCACCAAGGCCCUGCAGAGGCAGCAGAGCGAGGGGGCUACCCCAAGAGGACCCUGCAUCCUGCCUAUCAUUGAGAAAGGCAGGAAAGUCAGCUCUACCCACUACUACUUGCUGCCGGAGAGGCCCCCCUACCUGGACAGGUACGAAAAGUUCUUCCAGGAAGCCAAUGAGGCUGAUCCCACCGGGGACAUAGAACCUGGAAGAGAUGGGCAGCCAUGGAGAGAGAGGGAGGCCGACCCGGUCAGGUUGGCUCCGGCGUUGAGGGCCGAGCUGGGGGCCCCCAUCAAGCGCAAGCAUUUCCCCUGCGUGGUCUCUCCCUAGGAGCAGGAAGGGCGGCGACAGCGGCAGUGGCCAUGGUGAGAGAGUUCAUGCGCACAGCAUGCCUUUGCGUGGGGGGCUUUGGGGCCCUGGCAAUGCGCCAUCCCUGCCCCUCAGCACACACAAAGAGCCCCUGAGCUGCUUGUGGACUCAAAGGGAGCAGAGGGAGAUCUUUGGGGGUGGGAGUCGCCAAGGGCCCCCUCACCUGCGCCUGUCGUGCAGGACCCUCAGCGUAGGGAGGGGGGCUCGGCUUUCUGCUCUCGGUUGUACAGUCAAGGGAAGGUUUGGAGAAAGAAUGGAGAGUGGCGGCUAGCCGGUUAUUCCAUAUCCUAGAGUAAUAUAUAGAAAUAUACAUCUCUGUACAUGCAUAUAUAAAUAUCCAUCUAUCUGUAGAGAGAGAUGUAGAUAUUAGAAACUUCCAUGAGUAGGAACUGUUUUGCUGUCUUGCCAGAGAGGGGAAUGGCCUCAGCAGAAAGUGGUGGGAGGACAGUUCAGUAUUGGGGAAGGGGUGAUGGGUCCCAUUGAGGACGUUCUUUUUUUGCAGGGCGCACAGGGUCCUCUUGUGCCAGGAAUUGCCAGGUUGCAAACAGGUUGCCUGGGAGGGGGCAAUGUCCCAAUUUCACAUGCCCCUUCUCCCCGGCACCAUUUAAGUGUGUUGCUUCACAACCUCAACAGCACCAGGAGCCAUUGUGUUUGGGGUGCUAGGGUGCCUGGGUCUUCUCUUGCCUGGGCAUUUGUGGUUCUCUGCCUACCUGUGCCAUCUUAAGGAAGCCCAUGGAAGACGGGUGCCUCACGAACUAAGGCAGCAGAGCUGCAAAUAAGGCAAGGGGGGACCCCACCCUGCCCCAUGGGACUAGCUCCUGUCCUCCCCAGAGGGACGGGUUGAGACACAGCUGAGUGGCACAAGCGGGUCUUGAGCCACCUCCUGCCCAGUGUCCAGCCGGUGGGAGAGGACGGGAAGGAGCCUGCUGUGCCCUUCAGCAGAAAGGCCUCUUUUCUUUGAAGGCUGAAGCCCUAUCAGCAUCUGCACCUACUUCUCCUCUCAGUGGCCUCUCUGACCCAUUGAGGUUGUUUUGGGGGGAAGCAGUGGGGAGGGCAGCGAAAGGUGCUGCAUUUUAUCUCGCAUGCUCUCCCCUGCCGCCACCUUGAGCCUCUUUGCCUUGGGGUCUCCCAGUAGCUGGAAGCACAAUAAAUGCCUGCAGUUUCAAAAACUGCUAGACAGAGCUUCCUCCCCACAAGUAAAACUUCAGGGAAGUAGUCUUGGUUCUGGGACAAAACUAAAUGAAGGUGACAUAGGUGUUUUUUAAUUAAUGCACUGAGGGUUGUGCAUCCAGUGUACAGUAUUGAGGAAGAUGUAAUGAAGAUGUUCACUUUGUAUUUUGGAUAUUGCCAUAUCUUGGAUUUAAUAAAGUUACUGUGUACUUAUUUAUGGUA